GGCGAAUAUGAUAUAAAGACCUGCCUCUACCACCAUGGUUCUCCAAAUCCUCGAGGCGGUUGCCACGUCCAAGUAUUUUCCGACCAAUUACCUGGUCCACAUUGUCGUUGGGUUUAUUAUUCUGUUGGCUGUUCGAACGCUAUCUCAGGGGCGUAAAACGACAUGGGAAAGGAAUCUGCAUGCUAGAACGGUCCUUGUUACGGGAGGCUUUACACCAUUAGGAUUGACCCUUCUUCAAUCACUAGCUGAACGAGGAGCACACAUUAUCGCAUUGUCUUCAGACCCAGUCGAGUCUCCUGAAGUUACCAUUCUUAUCGACUUACUCCGGAGCACCACCAAGAACGAGCAAAUCUAUGCCGAACAUUGUGACCUCGACUCUCCACAUUCAAUACGCGAAUUCUGCACCAAAUUCCUAACGGGAAAGGACCAGAGGCUCGACGCCAUUAUCUUUGCCCACGAAUACCAACAUAUCGGUGCUAUGGGAUGGCUGUCGAAGAAAUUUGGAAGGGGCCAUCGAGAACGGGAAGACGCGAACCGCCGAGAACGAGGCUCAUUGGCGAGCUUCUUAAUCACCACCCUCCUCCUUCCCGCCCUCCUCGUCGCCCCAGUAGAGCGCGACAUUCGAAUCAUCCAUGUUGUCAACCCAUUCUACGCAGCCGCCGCCGGUCCUUCGUUCCACGUACCCAGCUCCAGUUUUUCUUCCGGAAAAGACAAACGAGUGGCCACGAAAUCUAUCAUUGUCGAAGAGGGAACACGGUCGCUUCGAACGGUUAUCCUGGCACGUCAUAUGCAGAGGAUUUUGGACGCCCUGCCUUCUGCUUCGAAAGCGCAGAUUCCCAAGGCCGAAGAGGGGUCGAGCUCUGUGCCUGUCGUCAGCCCCAAGCUGCAAAAGUCGAAUAUUGUGACUGUCAGCGUGUGUCCUGGCAUCAGCCGGAUGGACACCGUUGGUCCAUUCUUGAACGCCGAUUGGAAUGUCAGCCAAGGCGCAUCCGUUCGGGGAGUCCUCGCCUACCUCAUCCUCCAACCCCUCCUCCGCGUCCUCACCAAGACACCGACGAGCGCCAUCCAAACCGUCCUCCACGCCCUCUGCUUACCGACUCCAUUCAAACACGUUGCCCAGUCCAGCCUGGAGGAUCCCGAAGAUGCGAAGAAGGCUUCCGACAACAAGCCGCGUCGGGAAGUGUUGAAACCCGGGGCGCUGUAUCGCGAGUGCGCGGUGGUCCAGCUCCGUGUUCCGCCACCCACCAAAGAGCAGCUGGAGCAGCUCGAGGAAGCGAUGAAGCAAGCACAGGCCAAGGCCGAUGCGUCGAAGAAGAAGGGCAAGGCGAAGGCUUCGCAGGAGGAGGUGUUGAAGUUUGAGGAUGAUGGGGAGUAUGGAGGGGAGGUUGCGGGCAGGUUGGUGUGGGAGGCGUAUGAGGAUGCGUUGAAGGUUUGGGAGAAAAGUUGUCCUGCGCCUCCGCCUGAUGAGAAGAAGAAGAUGGAGGAGGAGAAAGCGAAGGCGAAGGAUAGUUCGACUGCUUCACCGUAUGACUGA